GAAUGAUAGGGCAACGACCGACGAUGCUUGCCAUUACGCAUUGAAGAUGUAUCGUGUUCUAGAGGCAAAGGGUGAGUUGUUGCUCAACGAUUUCUUAUAUGACAACUUUGACUGCGGACAACUUCGGGUGUUGGGUGGCCAGCAACGCAGAGGGGGGGCGCCAGUCAGCCAUGAUGAUGCAAGGAGGGAUCCUCGAUGGGGUUGGGUGCCAUCUGAAAUCCCAUUUGGAUAUGGCCGUGUUAAGAUGCAAGUGCGUGAUAUCAUGGGCAAUGUGUGGAGCACGCAUUACGUGAACGACAUGUUUUCCUUCCGUCAUUUCGACAGAGAAGCGACUGCAGACGAAAAGGUGGUGGUGACAUGCCAGUCACGCGAUGCACGCAUCUUCGAUCCGCCACUUGGCAAUCCUGUCGAGUUGGCCCUCACUGAAGGGACGGUGUUUAGUGGUGAGAAGUGCAUCACAUACGUCCACGUAAGGGGGAAAGAAGCCACAUUUUAUGGCAUCUGUAUGGACGUAUGGGACCAUGUGGCAAUGCGGAAGGGUGUGGUUGCAGCCAGUAACAUUACGGCCCAUGUGAUUCAAGAAGGGCAGUUGUACCAGCAUGUGGCCCGUGACAUGUACGGGUACCAUGUCAAUUGGGUACCUGGUUCUUUGCAUCCAGCAGUUGUUGAUGGCAAAGUAACACUGGCAGCGAGAAUGCAAUCUGGUGAGUGGCUGUCUUUGGGUUGGAUGCAUGCUGGCGUUGUGGAGCAUUGGCAGUUCUUGGUGGUGGUGACACGUAUCUCCGUUCGCAAUCCUCAUGUGAAGGACCGGGGAUUCCUGGAGGAACACGCGCAGCGUUGCUGGGAGAAGAUAAGAGAGGAAGAACGACAGAUGGUGUGCAUCGGAUAUGACUCCCAUAAUGAUCAGGCGAUGUGGUCGAUCGUGGAAGACUCGUGCACCGAGCAAGCAUGGCCCUCGACGGAUGACAUGUUUCUGGAGGGCAUUCGACGCAGACACGGGUGCACAUCACUUCUUGGGUGGGUCCCUGUCGUCAGUCCCGUGAUAUAUGACCAUGGUGAACAGAUGUGCAUGAGAUUCAGAGACCCUCUGGGUGUCCCUUUCCAGCUCACGUACAUAGAUGGACUGCUACGACACAUUCAAUACGUGGGUGAUGACGACGCUCGUGAUGCAUCGAAUGCACAACCAACAAGACAGCAGCAGCAGGAAAUUUCAAAUUUGCCAACUGAGGUCGACGGCCCGGAAACAGCAAAUGAUGGGGGAUGUUCUAAUGCAAAACCCGACGAAGGUGACACCCCUGCAGAGCACGUGACAGGGAGGGCAGAGGAGAAUAAGAAGCAACACAUAGACAAAAGCACAACCAUCAUGUCGAUGUCAGUGACGCAGGCGAGGGCAACCCUUCAAGAGGUGAUGCAAUACGCGGAGGAGGGCAUCCACUACGAUGACGACGGGGAGCUUGAACUACUUACGGAGAGAGUGCCGAGUUACUUCGAUGUCAGAGUGAACAUUCGUGCAAGCAUCGCUGCGAACGGAGAGGAGUCGCUCAGAGCACGGAUGCUAUUGGCACGGUUCACUAAGGCACAUGAUUUGCGUGUAGACAACAGUGCUGAUACCAGUGCAUACAGUUUGAGAAAAGUGGUUGGUUGGAUGUGCACAGAAGGGAUGUCCGAUGAAGGCGAUGUGGAUAUGACAAAGCAGCAGAAGGGGGGAACAUACAUGCCAGCCGAUUUCAAGCAGACAGUGAUGACACAGGCGAAGAAAUGGGGAAUGCUUAAACCUGACGAUCGGAAUGUCAUACAUGAGGCAUUGCAUGAUGUGGCAGAGCAAGCACUGGCGGGCAAGGACCUCAUUAACUACAGGGUUCGGAGUGUGGACGAGGAUGUCGUAUGUGCUACUCCAUUGUGGGAUGAAAUAUUUAUGGCAGUUUUGCAUCGCCUCAGCAUUGCGACUUCUGAGGUGGAAAAAAAUAGGUCAAGGGAAGAAGGAUGGAAGUUGGUGGUUAGGGAAGCAGAUGUUGCACUUCAUGCAGUAGAUGGACAUACUUCAGUAGGGGAAGAAAUUGUGAGAACAGUCUCCAUCGUGCGUUCUCCAAUAAACACAAUGUCCACGCAGGAGGUAGAAGAAGAAGAUGUGUUUAAUGACUCGACAAUGACAGAACAACAACGGGAACGAGGGUUCGAAGACUCUUCUUUACCGAUUGAUUUCGAAUAUGACAUUGAAGAAACAAGAGUGAGGAACAAUGAAAAAGAUGCGAGGGCGCCUAACUAUGAGGUGGAAGUGAGUGGCAGCGAUGUGAGUAGCGACGAGGAGGGUGAGGAAUAUGAUGCCUACUGGGAUAUGGAAGCAGGGGGGGGACAAACGUCAAAAGGGUGGGCACAUGCGAUUCUUAGGUUGGCACGUGUAUUCUCUAAUCCCCAUUUACUGUUGCGUGUCGUGCUGAAGGAGGCAACACCUGCGGGCGCACUCCAAUGUCGUUGGAGGUUCUGCAAUCUAGGGGCUGAACUGGAAGUGGUUCUAAACUUGGCUCCAUUUGGCAGCAGUGAGCAUUUGAUAUUGGCAAAAGACAAUCUACUACUAUAUUCAGCAAAGGAAAGAGGUGUGUUGACAGUGGGUGUCUCCUCUGCUGCAGCAGCUGCAACAGCUGCACACUGUCCGCAUUCAGGCUCUAUGUCAGGUGGGGCAGCUUCUCUUCUGCUGAUGGGGUCUCGUCGCAGCAUUUGCCCCAUUCUGGAACUGGAGCAAGUUUGGAGGACUCCCUGACUGGUCACAAAGACGAAUGUUGGGCUGGAGUUGAAAAAGUUGUUUGCAACAGUUGCGCUGUUGGGCAUAAUCCAAAACACCAGGCAUGAUAACUAGUGUAGAAAGAGAGUAGAGUGAGCAUGAGGAAGACAUUCAGAGAGGACGUGAGGGUUAAGGGUAGAAUAUGGCACUGAGAGAGAAACCCGGACCAUAUAUAUUGUUACAGUCGGCUACAGCUUCCCAGUAGGGAAUGUGGUAAACUUGUUCACCGAGCUAGUUUGUGGCCCUCAUAUCGUGUGUAUUUUUGUCGAGUGUUAGUUCAGGUGACAUGGAGCAUUCGUUACU